GGAAGUUGGUAAUGGAUUCGAUGAAGAAUUCCAAAUUACCUUGAUGGAUAGACUGAGAUCUAGGAUAAAUGAGUUUGAAGCACUUCCGUUUUAUAAUACAUUUACACACACAAAACUUUUAAGUUCAAAUCACUAA